GCAUGUAUCAGGAGAAUAAUCAAGCCACAGUACUGUAGUACAUACUGUCCCACAUACCGCAGUGUUGCCCAAUGCUUGGACUCUUGGAGUACACCUAUAAUCAACCCCUGGAAGACUGAAGUAAGUACACUGCAUUGUACCUGAACAUUACGACGCUGGUCGAAGCUCUAGCUGGCCUCAAUUUAUCUAACGCGGACAUGUAAAGACAAUCAUCUACAACCCAACACUCAUUCACCUUCCCCUAUAUUACUUGCUAUAGGGACAAUAAAGAGAUUCCUCAGAGGUACAUACGUACUUCUCUUAACAACCACCAAUCCAACCUACCUCAAGUGAAGUCAACAUGAUCUCCGACGACGAUCUGUACUCCCUAGCCGUAUUUCUUGGCUCAGCGGCUAUGAUCCUUAUCGUACUAUACCAUUUCUUCGAGGUCAAUUCGCAGGAUAGCGCUCUUAGCGAGAAAGCCGCGAAAGCUGUACCGUCACAACAACCUGCAGCAGUAGGAAAGCAACCGGGUGGAACAAAGUAGAAGAUACGAUGAUUCUGUACUUAUAAUACGCGGCGUUACGGAAGAUAAGAGACGUUAUUCAGAACGAUUGGUUGUUAAUCUGUAUGAUUUGGACGUUCGGGGACCUGGUCAAGCUAAAAGCUGAGGAAACAUGGCCUGGUCAAAAUCUUUGAUCCAUCUCGAUCCGGAUACCUGCUAGAGAGAAGAAUGAAGUAGGUGGACUGGACUGCCAAUAUACACUGCAUAAGAGGGUAGUCUUAUGAGUUCCGGAAUAAGCUGGACAGCCUCUAUUUUCCCAGCGACUCACUUAGGUACCCGUGGGAAAGCUUUAAAUAAAGUCAUAUGAAUACUGGGCCGCGGUUAGGCUGCAAGUCAUUUAUUCUUUGAGUGUUGUGUUUGGAUUAUCUGCAUUAAAUUUGUUGUUUAACAAGCUAUUUUUUGUGACCAACGUCAAGAAUAGAACCUUCAAGUUGCCCAGGCUUUUUUCCCAUGUCAAUGAACGGCAAGUGUUGUCUAUUCCCUGUAUAAGAUUAGAUCUAUUCACAGUAUACUAGGUAUUUUACGCAAUGCGCAUAAGAAUAAUUAACGCCACGUAUGGUGGAGACUGUUGAUUGUGCGACUCAUUGUUUUCCACCCAAAUUGCCAGCGUCGCGCUCCCUCCCUGUCCCUGCUUUCCU